UUUCUCCGGUUUAUGGUAUUCUGACACGCUUUUUUUUAUGGUGCGGGUGGAGACCUUGCAAACUGAAACCGGAAGGAAUCCUGAACCACGCGUCGCCACUGGUACGUAUAUAUCCAUACGUGAGGACGACGAGACAUCAUCGGACAAGUCAUGGAUCACCUCCCCGACGAUCUGCUCGCAGACAUCCUCCGCCGCCUCCCGCCGCGGGGCGCGGCUGCGUGCCGGACCGUCUGCAAGGGAUGGCGUGCCACCGUGGACGCCGGAGGGAUGCUGCUCGCGGUGGCGCACCUUGUGCCGCAGCCCAUGCGAGGGUUCUUCCUCAACUACUCAGCAUACAACCGCUCCUACUUCUACUCCCGGGGGCCAGCUGCGCGCCCCAGGAUCACCGCCGACGAUUCCGUUCUCGCCUUCACGCGACGCGAGGGCCGCAGCAGCGGGGAGACCGUGCUCGACCACCGCAACGGCCUCCUCCUUUACAUGCAGGGCCCUACCAUGCACGUGUGCAACCCCGCAACACGGCGGUGGGCGCAGCUCCCCACGCCGCCGUUCCGCUGGGGUGUCGCAUACCUCGUCUUCGACCCCGUCGUGUCGCUGCACUACGAGGUGUUCUUGUUCUGUAAGACGACAUGGCACAAGGACGAUGUUAGAACCUGGACGAAGGUCGAAUGGCCACCGCGUGUGUACAUGGUGCAGGUGUACUCGUCCAUAACCAACAAGUGGGAGGGGCGGGCCUUUCUUCAGGAAGGAGAUGCGACGAUGGUGACCAUGUGGUCAGACCAAGCAGCGGACCCAAAGCGCAACGCCGUCUACUUGCGAGGAGCACUCUACCUUCACUGUCGAAGUGGUCUCAUCAUAAGGUUUUUGUUGGACAAGAGGACUUACCAAGUCAUCAAAACCCCAGGAAUAAUGGUGUUGGCUAAAACUUAUGGACACAAUAGGGACAGAAAGCCUCAAGUAUAUCUUGCGAAAUCAGAGCAAGGAGUCUACUACACUAUGAUACAUCAGUACCAACUUUAUGCAUGGGUACUAGUCGAAGAAUCCAAAUCGUGUCCAACUCCCAAGUGGGUGCUAAAGCAUCACACUCACCUUACGCCCUCCGUUGUGCGCCGCUACAUCCAACAAGGCCGUGAAGGAGAAAAACCUGACAGGUCUUGCAUCUUAGAUCGUCGCAAGGAAGGCGUGUCAGAUGACAGAGGAGGUUGCGAAUGGGAAUUUACGGGUGAUCUUGAUGAAGACGAUUCGGAUGAGCAACAAGAAGGUGAACAAAGUGAAUGUCAAUUGAACUGUUGUUAUGUCUGCAAGCGCAUCAACUUCUUGGGGUACCAUCCGUACAAGGAAAUUGCUUUUCUACGUAUCGGGCAUUCCAAAGGGUUUGCUUACUACAUGGGUACCUCCAAGUUGCGGUACUUGGGGUCACUUUACCCAACGGGAUAUCCUUCGGCAGGGCCAGACGUACAUGAAUCAUUCAUUUACACUCCUUGCGAGGAUGAUCUUCUUCCUACCCACGACGAGUCCAACGACACUCCUUAUAUGGAUGAUCAAGAUUAUCCUUUUCAUGUUCUAGAUUUUUAAUGAUAAAUAUGCUACUUACUUCAAAUGAACAAUUGGGACUGCAAUGCGUAGAUAAUCUGAUGAUGAUUACUUGUCUAUCUCCUGAGCGUAUGUGUUUGGUUAUUCAUGUACAAGACAUCAUUCCUAUUGUUUAAUUAAGCUAUUCAUG